UGUUACGACACAUGCCAACAACACUACAGCCCAAAAUACAUAGUUUGUCUGCAAUGUUGUGGGAUUCGGUCCCACUGAUGUUUGUUUCCCGUCGGCCCGUUAUGCGGUGACGCUUCACAUUCCACACAGCGACUGAGGACUUCAGAGCCCUUGUCUCAACCGGGCAAAAUCGUUAUUUUAUCGAAGUUGCACAGUAGGAGGGCUGUGGGACGCUGGCAGUAAGUCUGCCUUUUCUGUGUAAGAAAAUCCACCACCAGCCACGCACAAUGGAAGUGGAGGAUGCCUUAUUGGCUAAGUUCAGGGUCCUGAUUCAAGGGCUCAUGAUGACGACAACCUCAGAGAUAGUCAAAAUAUUCAGCAAAGUGCUGCUGGAGACCAGAAUGGAGAUCACCCAGAGCUGGAGGGAGAUCGACUUGUUGAAGCAGCAGUUGGAGGAAAGUGAGCAGCAAAAGACAGAGGCCAUCAAUAGGGCUCAGAGGAGUGACUUCAAAAGGGAAGAUGACGAGAUGGAAGUGUCAUGUGUGAAUUCUCAGUCUGACGUACAGAGCUCAAACACUGUCAUGCCAGUGGCUGUGGGGCCUGAAGAAAGAGCAGAGAAUGUCUCAGAACCAGAGACAACACAGUCAAGCAAACCAGGCCAAAAGGUUCAGAAAAUCUGUCCAACUGCUGCUAUUGCUGAAAACAGCCAGAAGACCAAGUGCCAAGAGCCAAAAUGCACACAGCAUGUGGUAAAACCGAAAAUAGUUUGUCCCGCCAAUGUGCCGCGAGUGAGAGGGCAGAAAUCAUCAUCAAGCAAGACCAUAUCCGAGCCCGCAUCUAAAAUCGUUGCAAAUGGACCAUCUACAAGUGUGGACAUAAUCACAAAUAACCCAAAAUCAAAGGUGAUGAAAAAAAGGAAAUUAGUCAAAACGCAAAAGCACGCUAAUGAUGUUAGUGUUGCUCGUGCACUUCGAGACCGACAGCACCUCAGCAUGCAGAGACACUGUCUGUGUUGUUCAUCGGACGAGUGCGACCUUCAGUCUAGCCCCUCUAGAGCCCUGCACCAGGUCCCUAGUGUGUAUAUCUGUCGUAAAUGUGAGAGAAGGUUUAAAACAGACCUCCUGUUCAAGAGUCACAAUUGCCCAAUGCCUCAGAAUUGCAACGUGUGUGGGCAGAUGUUCACUACCCUUCAGGGGCUCACCGCACACAGUCAGGAAGUUGAACCUCAGUUCAGCUGCAGUCAGUGUGAGCAAAUGUUUGCCACUCAGUGUGCGUUAACUGUGCACAAACGGAUCCACACCAACCUUAUUGUUCCCAAGGAUGUUAAGGCUAAGAGGUUCGAGGUUCGUCUCGAAAGAAUCUCAGACUCCCAGCUGGAGGCUGCUUUGUCCUCAAAAAGCUCUCUCUUGCAAAAUAACUCUUCAAAACAGGAUCUUUUGAGUGAACCGCAGAAUAUGGCUGCAGCAGAUACAAGUCCUGGAUCUGCAUGCAAACGCAGUGCAGAAUCAAUGGCCGUGAAUGUACCUGAGACCAGCGAGACACAACUAUCACCCCAAAGCGUAGUAGAAAGCCUGGACACAAGGCCAGAAACCCUGUCGGAGUCCAGUGUUGGACAGUCGAGUGUCAGGAAAGUAUAUGCUGUCAUGUCAGCUGCUUCAUGCCAAAUUCAGAUUAGUGAGGAUGCAAAUGGAUCCGAGUCACCAGCUGUGCAUGAAUCUGAAAAAGUAACAGAUAAAGGAAAACAUGCCAGUGCAAGCGAUGAGUCAGGACUCCGCUCUCCUUCAAGAAAGCGGAAGAUGUCAGAUUGUUCUCAUGAUGCAUACAAUGGCGUGUUUCCUGUUGAAAAUAUUCUGAGAUGGAGAAACAAUAAGGGAAGAAAUGAAGUUCGGGUCAAGUGGAUGCCUUGCACAUUGUGUGGGGCAAAGUUCCAGAACACAUGGGAACCAGCAGAAAGCUUUCCAGGCUAUUUGGAUGACAAGAACGAAGAGCUGAAGAAAGACUAGAAGGACAAAAAAAUAUAUGUUGACUAUGCUUUUAUGAAGUUCUCUGUUUACACUAUAAGAAUGUAUGCUUUGCAAUGCAGUUAAUUUAAUGAGUUUUUUUCUUGCCAUGCCAUUUUCCUGUAAUAUAAUUGGUUGGUUCCUUACAGCUACCCUAGAUAAAUGCAUUUAAGUUAAAAAGGUGGCAUUACUUUUUAAUACAUAGUUUUAAAUGCCUGAAAUGGAAGUCUUUUUCCUAUUAUAGCUUGUCUUAUUGUGAUCAGCAAAUAAUUUUGUGUAUAAUUUUAGAUAUUUAGUAUUUGAACGGCUGCCUUGUAUUUACCUUACUGCAAUGUUUGGUUGAGGGUUCAGUUACAUGUUUACAUGUUUUUGGUGAAACUUGUGUUGAUGGAUUUUUUUAUAUUCAGCAAGUUGAUUUAUGAUAUUAAUUGGCAAGAUGUUUGUGGGUUAAUGACUUACACUACAAGCAACAGUUUAUUACUAAAACACUAUUAAUGUUAAUUGCCUCUUCCUGUUUUUAACUAGUAUGUUAUUAUACCAAAGAAUGCAGUUAUGUUCAAGGCAUAUUUUAGGGAAUUUAUGGAAGUGUUAUCUAACAUGCCAUCACACAGGUGAAGUAUUCUGGUAAAAGGUGGUAAUUGUACUGGAAAACCCCACAAACGUAAAUAAACAGUUUCAAACC